UAUUCUCCAGCGAAACUAUAAAAUAACAAAUAUACUACAGAUUAUUGCAGAAGGAGGAAAGCAUCACUGAGGUGGUUUGUAGUGUUGGAUAUUUAAAGAGUUUAAAGGGGUAGGUGGGGGGCGCGAGGGGAAAAAUGAACUGCGAGCGAGAAAGAGAGAGAGACUGCACCCCGGGUGUGCGGGCAGCAGCUGUACGGUCUGCUCGCAGGGUUUGUCUCUCCGUCUGCUGGACGUCUUGGCUCGUAGCCCGACUGGCGUUUUUGUAAUCAAGACAUGAUCCCAGACUCCAUGCGCUUCCCCGAGCCGCGUCGGCUGCCUGCCGUUUGGAAAGACUGCAUGUUUCCCUGCUGACAUGCAGAACACCAGCCUGCCGGAGACAACUAUGAUGAUGAUGAUGAAGAUGCAGAAGGACGCAGAGCUGGACAAAAAGAUCAAAGCUUUACGCAAGAAAAAUGAAGCUCUUAUGAAACGCUAUCAGGAGGUGGAAGAGGACAAGAAGCAGGCGGAGCAGGAAGGCAUGUCAUUACACAGCAGGAAGGGAAAACCUAAUGAUCUCACCAUCACCCUCAACAAAUCACCUAAUGAGAAGCGUGUGGUGACCAAGAAGUCCGGAGAGAAAGAUUCAAACACCAGAUCAGACCAGGAGAAGGAUCCCUGUGAAUCUGGAUCCAGAUCCAGCCUCGGUGUCGGGAGAGGAAAGAGAAGACAGCUGCUCGUCACAACGCCAGGAAACAUCAGGGGUAAGAGGGUGUUUGGGGAAAGAAAGGACAGAAACCGUCCCGUGAGUCCAGCAAGGGUUAAACCAGGUGCUGAGGAAGAACAGGACACACCGGACACCAGCGCGCCAGUCAAACCCCCUCCAUCCACAAAGAGAAUCGUGGAAAUAAAGCCGCUGGGAGUCACAGACCUGACCCUCACGUCCAGAGAAGAGGAGACGGAGUACCAGCGCUGGAAGACGGAGCGAGAGGAGAUCGACAGAGAGCGUGUGGCCCGACACAGAAACUCUAAAGGCCAGUGGAGGAGAGCCUGGGACGUGGAGAAGCCCGAGCUGAUGUUUUCAGACAAACCGGAUGAAGGACCAGACAGAGACGCACACACCAUCGGAAACAGAAACGGCAGAAGAAGAAAUCUGGCAACAGAAGAAUCCAGAGCGCGAGAGAGGAAGGGCAACAGUCGUCCCGUUGUGAGCAGUAAAGCCAAGGGUAAAGAGCGUCUGACAGGCCGAGCCCGACGAUGGGAUGCUAAAGAGCACGAGGGACAUGAACAGGUCUAUCCAGAGGGCGAUCUGCAGGCCUUCCUGGAGGAACUAGAUGCUCUGUGUUCUUCUGAGGAGAAAAACAUCCAUCAAGAUGACGUUCCAAACUCAAAGCCGCAUGUGUCUGAAGCAGCGUUCAGACCCGAGAACUUCAGCGGUGAUGUGAUAUCUGACGAGGAGACAGCCGGUCUGAAGACCACGGAGAAGGAGGUGGGAUUCUCUGAUGAGCUUCUGGAGAUGCCUCAGGAGAUCUCAGACAGCGGCUCACAGCCACAGAACGGAUCUGAGGAAAGACAUGUGGCUGAAGAUAAAGAGAUGGCAGAUAUGAAAGGAGAAGAGAUGAAGCGUCUCUCAGACGUGAGUGUGAUAAAUGAAGAGUCUAGAGAAGCGUGGUGUCUCGGCAGCCGCUCAGGACAUGAAGACGUUUGUGUAGCAGACAAACCGGUCCAGACUCUACCUCUGGAGCUCAACAAGACCUGCUGUGAAGAAGGGAUGGAGUCCAGUCUGUGUGUACUGAAUGUGGAUUCUGAGGAUGCUCUUUCUGACUGCAGCUCCUCUGUUGAUGUGGCUAGAGAAAACGGGAAAGUUGUUUAGAUGGAAAAUCUGACUGAAUCUUCGGACACUGAAACCAAAACCCACAGAGAGAAAACAUCAUUUGCCUUGUUGGUUUCACUUUAGCAGUGUUUGCAGUAUUUAUUUUGAGGUCUAUUGGAAGCUGAAUGGAAGUGAAUGUUGAGAUGCGUUUGGAGAUCUUUGGGCUGUUGAUUUGAGUUUAAAGCACUACUGAAGCCACUUGAAUGUUUAACUUAAUGAAGUUUAGUGGGCUGAACCCACAGACACAGAAUCCAUGUGCAUUCAUACAUAUAAACCCAACAGACGCCUUCAUCACAUGAUACUUUGACUGAUCUAAGCUCAGGUGUUGUGGGUUUGAAUGGACUCUUAAGGUUUGUUUAUUAGCACUUUAUCUCAUUUGAAUGUUACAUAUGAAACAUUACUAGAACACUAAAACCAUUUUCUAAUCUAUCCUCGCUUUAGAUUCAAUUUUGUUUUUACAAAAUGUUUACAACUUUAAUAACUCUUCACAAAUGAAUGUUUUUGUUUGCCCCUGUAGAUUUAGCACAUAAGGAGUCGCUGGUUAUUGUUUGAUGUUACGGUAAAAUAUCAUUAUUAUUAUUAUUAUUAUAAUGAUGAUUUCAGUAUUUUUGACGUUUAUUUGUUAUUGGAAACGCUCACAAAUGUUUCAUGUGACUGAAGUUGGAUUUUUCUAUUAUGUCGUCACAUGUUGUGUUUACUUGCUUUUGAGUUGAAUGUCAAAAUACAUAAUAAAAAAACAAACGUUUUCCCCUUGAAAAGUUGUUUCUGAAAUAUUUGCAUGAAGAUCAGUUCUGUGUUCAACACUCUGUGACUGAACUCUUGGUGCUUCAAAAGAUUCUUCAAUGCCACAAAGAAACUUUUUUGUCCAAACGGAUGCACAAAAAACAUUUACCAUCCAAAGAAACUUUCUGUUUCGCCAUAGAUUCUUUAUGAUGGAAAAACGGAUCUUCAGAUUAUAAAAAGUAAGAAAGAGACGUUUUUUUAAAGAACCUUGAGUGGCAUCGCUGUGAACAACCUUUAUUUUAAGAGUGAAGAUGAUGGAAACAUGUCAAUUUCAAAUCUAAAACAGACAUGCAGUCAUUUUCCUGUUUUACUUACUGUAUAUUUUCAUUGUUAAUGUUGUAUUUUAAAAGAAUUUCGUCAUACACAUUGAAUUGUGGAUUAUGAGAUUUUGCAGGUAGCGCUGUUAGCAGAAGUCUAGUUUCCAGUGUUUAGCUUUGAUCAUGUUUUCUCUACCAAAUCAUCAUUUGAAUGUAACCUGCUUUACUUGAUCUUUAUCCCCGCUGUGAAGUGAAAAACACGUGUUGAGAAUCUUGUGUGUGUUGUUGUGAGUGUGGAGCAGCUUUGAGAUGAUGGUGAGUCAUGUGGGAUUUGUGUCUUAUUAUUUUUAAACGCCCCUCAUGAGACUGUUGCUCUGGAAAUGAUUGGGUUGUCUUCUGUUACUCUUUUAAUUACUCUCUUCCAGCAGACGUGUUCAGGGAGCGCAUCGUCCCCGAGGCCCUCAGCACAUCACAUGACUCAUGAUUGAUGAUGAUGAUGAUGAUGAUGGUUUGAAUCUUACUCUGGAACAAAACCUUGUUAAAAUAAAUCCAGAAAAGUGUUGCUUUUUAUUUGCUUCCUCAGUUUAAAGAGAUUUCACAUCAGUAUCACUGCAUUUAAAUCACAAGAGCAUUGCUCUCACUAACACAUCUCAUAGUGAAUCUCUUACGUAAGUAAUGUGUUGUUUUCCUGUUUUUAGAUUUAAAAUAAAAGGUUGAGGCUUCUUUUACACAUCUCAAAAUGUCUUUGUGACUCAGAGGUGAUAUAUGACAUGAAAUUCACCUAUCAGAUGUGAAAUCAAGUAUCAGAUGUUUCCUCUUUUGUGUUUGGGUUUCAGUGUUGGGUGUCAUGGAUCACAGAUGAAUUACUGUAAUCAAAUUGCUUUUCCCCUGAAGCAAGUCGUUUAAUUAUAACUACUUAUGAUUUACUUGUAUUAUGCACUGAAAGUAAUGUUAACAAUCCUGUGAGAGCAAUUGAAACCUUACAUUUAGAUGAUUUGGGGUUAUUACAUGUUUGUAAAUAAAUUAGAAAUACAUUAGAAUGUGUAAUGCAAUCCAUUUACCGUACAUUAAUCCUCAGAUAUUCUUCUUUGUUAGAGU